AUGGCCGACGAGUCCCCCAAGCCCACAGCGCCGGUGCCGCGAACAACCCGCCCCAUGAGCGAAGCUCUGCUCAACGAGAAGUGGGAUCGCUGCCUCUCCUCGAUGCUCAUCCGUUCCGGCCUCGGCGUAUCUUUCGGCGUUGUCUUCUCCGUCCUUCUGUUCAAACGACGCGCAUGGCCGGCCUGGGUUGGUCUCGGGUUCGGGGCUGGACGUGCUUGGGAAGAAUGCGAUAAUUCGUUCAAGCGCACGGCGGCACCCUCGAAAGACGGACUGCGAGUGAUGAGGCCAUAA